GUCAGUGCUCAAAUGCAGGGGUGGCGGCGGCAGGGCGAGCUGGCCCAGUGGGCACGAGCCAGGAGCCCGGGCAACUGUCUGGCCCGCUCACACAGCGAGGCCUCCGCGGCCUGCGGUUCCCCAAGUAACGGAUACAGGGCCUGGCCACCCCCAGCUUCGGGAGUCCGUGAGUCCGGACUGGAUCUCUCUCCCGGGAGCCGCCUGCCGGGCUUUCUAGGCUGUCACCUGCGCAGCCCGUGGAGCAGCCACAGCAGGAAGCGGCGCCGCCGGGGUUUCAAAAUACUGUUAAUAGUCAUGCUGGAAAAUAAGACAAUUUCCUCCUCUGCUGAAGAUGCUCAGACCAAAAAAGACAAUGCCGCAUCACAAGAAUUGGUCCUGGUUGGUGCUCCUAAAGAAGCUGGUGAAAUUUUUCAUGAAAAUAAAAUGACAAAUACUGAAGAGGUAAAUAAAGCCAUUUACUUUAAUUACCCAUGUCGAAGGCAGAGCUGUGCUCUAGUAAACAUCCCAGCACCUUGUGUCAACAAAAUUAUUUCACACAUUGAAAAUGUGGAGUCAAAAAUACAGGAGCAUUUGAAACAGGUUGAAACUUCUUUGGAAAAAUGGAGUAGAUCCACUUCUUCCUCAGUGGAUCUACAAGAAGAUUGGAAUAUUGCUACACCAGAGAAAGAAAUCAAGCCAGAAGAAGAGAGAGAUCAAAAAUGUCCAGAAUUAAAGAAAGAAAUGGAAAAAUUGCUGUCAGAGACCAUGCAUCUUAUUAAAAGUCUAGAAACUGAUCGAGCAGAAGCUGAGCAGGCAUUAAGACAACAAAAAUCGAGAAAGAAAAUGAUUAUCAUGAAAAUCGACUCUUGGUCAAUCUGGAAACUUCAAGAAGUCCCACUAGCUGUGCAGAAAGAACAUGAGGCCUUUUCGAGAGAUAUUGUAGAGUUAAGAUGGCAUCUGGAAGAUAGAAAUCAUCAGUUAGAACAUUUGAAGAAACAAAAGGCAAAGAUAGAAGAAGCAAAUGCAAAGGUUCAAGCAGACAUAGACUUUAUGCAAAACCAUGGUGCACUUCUGGACUCAAAGCGGAGGCAGGAAGUGGAAGCUCUGUGGGAGCGUUACCAAAAGAAAUUCGAGAUAAUGGAAAUUUUCAGACAAGUUCAUGAAGAACUUGAACAAACUAUAGAAGACCGUGAAAAUGCCAAAUUGCAAUUUAAAGAAAAUAAAGAAGAAAUGGAGGAAGAUAUUAAAAAUGAUGAAAUAAACCUAGAGACCCACAAGAGAGAAGUAGAUAAACUAAACAAUCUACAUACUCACUACUGUUCAAAAAUAGAAGAUGUUAAAGUGAAUAUUGAGGAAAAUGAAGAGGCAGUGAUGGUAGCACUGAGGGAAACAAAAUCCACAACAGAUGAAGUAUCUACUUUAUCAAGAGCACUGGACGAUUUGAAGAAGAUUUAUGAUCAAAUAUGCUGGAAGCAAAAAAAAUAUGAACAGCAAUAUAAGGAAGCACUUAAUGAUUUUUAUGCCACUGAAAAAACGUGGGAUGUUGAACUUUAUAAUGUUUCAAGAGACUUUUCCGACAUUUCCGUAGUAUAUGCUCAAGCAAUGGCAGAAAAUAAAAGGCUUGCAAAUGAAAUCAUCACCAUAACAGAUCAAAUCAGUGAAAGUAUAAAAAGAAAAGUGAUGUAUGAAUCUGAAAUUCAAUCUUUACUGAGACUGAAGUCAAAGAAUAAUGAUUAUCUCAAACACCUCUACAAGGAGGCUUAUCAAAUUGGUGCUAUUUUCCACGUAACCAAACAUAAAACAGAUGAAUUGGAACUUAAAAUAACAGAAGUGAGAAGAAAAUUUAAGGUGAGAGAAGAUUUCCUGAAAAGACUCACUCGAGGUCGUGUGGCUGCUGGCACGAUGAUUCAGAAAAGGCUGUAUUCCAUUCAAGAAGCCCAAUUACUUGAGAGGGAGAACAUUUUGCAAAAGAAAGCAAUAUAUGCCCUUGCACUGGCAGAAAUAUUGGAGCCUCUACAGCAACUAGAAGAUGAUGCUGUAAGAAUCAGAGCUCUGCAUCAAGAACAGGCUGAUACACUCAGUGAUGUACUUGAGAAAGAAAAAUAUGUUAAAAGAAAGGUGGAAAAAACAAAGCAUAAGUUGCAAAGAAAGGGAAGGAAAAGUCGUGGUUUGCUAAUAAAAACUGAGAGUAAACGCUCAAUAAUUUUUGAAGAAUUGGAGUCUACUAAAAUUAAAACAGUAACUUAUAAUGCAAAAAUAAAUGAAAUGAAUCAGCAAUUAGAAGGAAAGGAAGAGGAAAAGGUAGCUUUUGAUCAGAAACUUGAAAAUUUGACAGAUGUAUUUAUAACUAUGAGAUAUAAAAAAGAACAUGCACAAGCUGUGUUUGAUCAUCUCGUGGAAGAGAAAAGAGCCUGUGAAGAGAGAAUCUUUCAAGAAGAUCAGGAAUUUCGAACACUUCUUGCUAAGAGGCGAAAAGCCCUGGCAGAUAUCAAAGAAUUGCUAGACAACUUGUUGGAGGAAAAUCUACGUUUAGCUCAAGAGUACCAGAAGAUGCAGACUAUUUUCUUAAUAGAAAAGGAUAAUUUCUUCAAUGCAUAUGCUAAACAGCUAUCACUUGAUGCUUCAGUUAGAGAUCAGAAACAGCUCUGUCAGCUGCAAAGAAGUCUACACAAGCAGUGGCAGGAGCACUUCCGACUGGUGGUCCUCUUCAGCCAGAUGAAGCUGGCCAGGUUCCAGACAGACUCUCAGGAGACUAUUCAGAAAAUAUUAGCUGUGCAGGAAGAAUCUUCAAAUUUAAUGCAACACAUCUUAGAUUUCUUCCAGACUUUGACAGAUGGCCUAUGCGAAAACGAUGGUUAAGCAAACAACCAAUGUAUCUUGGAUGCUGAAAUAAAAGACAAGAAAAGUCACACAGUUCAGAUAACAGUGUAAUUGGACAUUCACCUGUUUGCCAUUUCACACUUCCAUGGACGAAAAACUCACUCACCUCCCAGCAUGCUUUGCCCCUCUUUUACUUACAGCAAAUCCAUAACAAUGAAACAGGUGACUUUCAUGCUGCUGUCAGGAACGAUCUAAUUUCAGCUCUGGGUGACUGAUUGCAAUUGGCUUUGCCUCAUCUGAUAAUUAAUCUAUGUCACCAUUAAUUGGAAGAGAGAAUAAUUACUGGCGGUGUUGACAGUGACUGUUCGCUUCCCCAGAUUUCC